AUUACAUUCAUUGUUAUUCUCGAGGUCAUCUCUUAAUCCUCAUUUUACACUCCUCUUAGAUUUUGCUUCGGCCUGAUGAGCUUUUCUGCUUCUCAAAUUACUUCUAUUUCGGCGAAUUUGUUGUGCUUAAUUCCAAAGAGUGAGUAAUUUUCUCGUGUCCAAGCUAAACUGAUGCUUAAUUGGAAACCUAGAGACUGUAGGGGGUAGUAGUUUGGGUUAGUUGUUUAGUGGAAAUUUGAGUUUGUGAUUAUAUGGGGAAAGUUGGUAUGGAGAAAUUGUGUCCUUGUCAAGACAAAGACAUAUAUCAUGACCUUUGUAGUGCAUUGGAAAGAUGUGUUCAUGUGGAUGAAGAUUAUAAAAGCUUGUUGUCAUUUAUAGAGAAGGGUGGAGUUGCCUAUGGUGGUGAUAGGGAUAACCCUAGACUUGCUUAUUUUGAUGUUGAAGCUGACCCGCUUUAUAUGAAUUUCUUGGCUAACACUAAGCUAGAUGGAACAUCAUAUGUUUCUAAAGUUAAUGAUCAGAAUGGGUUGACAGUGUUCAUCAAGUAUGAGAGAGAUAGGGAGUUGGAGAUUCAUGGGGUUGAAAAGGGUCAGGAUAAUGUUAGGGAAAAAUGCGAAUUGGGGAGGAGUUCAAAAGCUCUAAAGACUAAUGCGAGAAAGAAUAGGAUGGAAAAUGGGAUUUUAAGUAAGAAGCGAGGAAAUGAGGAUAGGGAUUUAGACAAUAGGAAGCAAAGAAUUGAUGUGGAAAUUGUACCUGGUAAGGAGCAGAAGAUGAAUGGUGGGAUUUUGAGUAAGAAGCGACAGAAUGAGGAUAUGGAUUUAGAUAACAGGAAGCAGCGAAUUGAUGUGAACAUUGGACCUGGUAAGGAGCAGCAGAUGAAAGAUGGCAUUUUGAGUAAGAGGCAAGGAAACGAGGAUAGGGAUUUAGAUAACAGGAAUCAUAGAAUUGAUGUGAUGAUUGUACAUGGUAAGAAGCAGAAGAUGAAUGAAGGGAUUUUGAGUAAGAAGCGACGAAACGAGGAUAGGGAUUUAGAUAACUGGAAGCACAUAAUUGAUGCGAACAUUAUACCUGGUAAGGAGCAGAAGAUUCAGAAUGAUAGCAAAUUCAUGGAUGUGGAAGUAAAAAUUGAACCUCAAGAAGAUUCUGAUUCUCUUAAGGAGGCAAUAUCCCAAAGUGAGGUAGAAAUCCUUGAGAAUGUAGGUGCAGAGGUACGCAGGGGCAGUAGCUCUAACCCCUUUGUACCCUCAGUGGAACAUUGCCUGAAUCUGGAUGCGACAAUCAUAGAUUCUAGGUACAGGAAGGAGGUUUUGAACUUAUUGAUGACGCCCUACAAUGAAGAGGAGUAUAAGAAGCUCUGGAAAGACAUUAAGAUGCGAUUACCAUCUAGCUAUACAAAUGGAUGUGGGAAAUCCCUUCUAUCACUCCAUAAAGCUGUCAAUCGGGCAAUCAAAAUGGCCAAUCAUGACAAAGAUAAAAAAUUGAACAUCAUGCGUGGAUUUUUCUUUUGGUUAGAGCAUCUAACUCGGCAAGAUGCGUUCCAGCCUUGGGAGGAUGCAGAAUGUCUCCAGACGAUGCCUGGAUCUUCCUAGCCCCAAUGUCAAUGUGUGCCAUAAAAACAAGCAAUGGAAGAAAACCAACUACAAUUAUUAUGCCUUAGGGUCGGCUAUAUGAAUACUCAUUGUCCAGCUCAACUCAUGUCGUAUCAUUGUACUGUUGGUAGAAGAAACCCAAAGAUUAAUAUUUCAAUUAUUGGUCGAUAACAUUUUUGUUGUGCAUGA